UCAAGCGCGCUGGUUCAAGCUGCAUCAAGUUCCCAAGUUGCACACCCUUCUAUAGAUCCCAGCCAUGUCUCUCAAGCUUUUGCUUGCUGUGCUUUUGCAGCCCAGCUUGGCAAAAGUCUAUCAGGGCACUAUGAGCAUGUGGAGUGAAACGAAAGACACCUUAGUAGCUUACAAGAGCGAGGGCAGUGCCUGCAAAUUUGCAGAUCGAUUGAUGGGAGGCCUGAAUUCUGCUACAGCGCAAACACCCUACAUCACUAGCAAGAACUACUGUGCAGUGAAUCGUGGCCUCUUUGGGAAUGGUGAGAUUUGCGGUCGAUGCUAUCGUCUCACUUAUAAAGGUGGUCACGAGCAAGGUCUCGGGCGUCCUGGUAGCGAUGUGGUGCAGAUCGUGGAUUCAGGCAGUUGGGCAACAUUUGACUGUCACAUGACGGCCUUCAACAAGAUUACCGACUACAACACAGGCUUCUUCCCUGUGAGCUAUGAGGAAGUCCCCUGCAACACAGCCUCCCAGGGCCCCGUGGUUGGAGUUCUGCAAUAUGACUACUACUGGACGAAGUUUGUCUUCAGCAACCUCCGCUAUCCGGUGAAGUCAGCAGAUCUCAUCAUCGGCGGCAAGACACAUCACAUGAAGCUCGUUGGUGGCUAUUGGGGUGCGUGGACAGGUCCAAUCACUGGGGAGACCUCCUUUAAGAUAACCGAAGAGAAUGGUUACCAAGUGACCUUCAACAAUUGCUUCGGCGGCUGGAAGAACCGAAAGACGGGUGAUGCAUGCUACACAAAUGGACGUUCCAAAGCGGCCCUCCCGCCUCCAGAGCCAGAGGUCGGCUCCUCGUUGCGAGGUGCAAAACACAAUACCUCGAAUGCGACAGAGAUGGAAGCGCCGGAAACUCCUUUGUAUCCUUAGACGAUGGCAUGACCCUUGGGACAGCAAUGGCAUGGAGCCACUAAUCCUAUUUUUUGGCCUGAAUGGCCUGGCUGUGCUUAAAGAAGCAGAGCGAAACGUGGUCAUGAUAGGCGGUUAAUGGUGAAUUCAGUUGUGUACAAGUCCGCAACCUUUUGAUCUUGCAUGGGAGGCAUGUCAGACAUGCUCGCAAGUACAUUGCUUUAGACUUGCAAAAGCAUUGGAAAGGACAAACAAACAUCGCACAUCAUCACGCCAUUUUCGGAA